CGUAGGGCCGAACCCCUUGUUCCUGUGCGACGAAUCGAACGAAACGAGCGACUCCCUUCUCAGGGUCUUCCCGUAAUGCUCACUCCAUCUCACUGAAACUCUGAUUUGGAUGAUCGUACCACUCAUACCAGACUGAGUCAGCUCACCUGCACCUAUUAACUGCUAUCGGCGACCUUGGUUUCUUUAAUUUCGGACCCUUGUCUGGGUAGUGACAAUGUCGACCCCUGCCAGGAAGAGGCUGAUGAGAGAUUUUAAGAGGCUGCAGCAAGAUCCACCUGCAGGAAUCAGUGGUGCCCCUCAGGACAACAAUAUAAUGCUCUGGAAUGCUGUCAUUUUUGGCCCCGAUGAUACUCCAUGGGAUGGAGGAACGUUUAAGUUGACCCUUCAAUUUACGGAGGAUUAUCCAAACAAACCGCCAACUGUACGAUUUGUCUCUCGAAUGUUUCAUCCAAAUAUUUAUGCGGAUGGGAGUAUAUGUUUGGAUAUAUUACAAAAUCAGUGGAGUCCCAUAUAUGAUGUAGCUGCUAUCCUCACAUCUAUCCAGUCACUGCUUUGUGAUCCCAACCCAAAUUCUCCUGCAAACUCAGAAGCAGCUCGAAUGUUUAGCGAGAACAAGCGUGAGUACAAUCGAAGAGUGAGAGAAAUUGUGGAGCAGAGCUGGACAGCUGACUAAGCCCCCCAUCCAUGUAAACUUGUGGGCAUUCUGCCUGUCUGAAGCUAUUGAUGAAUUGUGUUAAGUUAUGAUGCCACCAUUAUGAAUCAUUGUGAAAACUUAUCAACUUAUUUCCUUUAUUCAUCACUGUUCUGAAUGUUAGGAUCAUUUCAUCUUUAAUCGAUUAUAGCUUAUGCAUUGUUCAAGUCUGUUUAUGUAAAAUAGAUGUUCUGUGUAUCAAUCUGCAUUGAAUUGUUAUCAACAUGGUUUAAUACCAAGUUUCAGUUUGCUGAAUUGGUUAUGAUGACAAA